AUGAAUGAGAUGGUGUCCGUAGCGCAGAUCAGCUACGGAGGUGGUGAAGUGUAUGAUGGAGAGUGGGAUGGAGAGGGUCGCAGACACGGUAGGGGCCGCCUCGUCUUCUCUGACGGCUCCAAGUAUAAGGGCCAGUUCAAAGCUGGUUUCUUUCACGGACUAGGGCGACUGGAGCUGGCUGGAGGGGCGAGGUAUGAGGGAGAGUUCCAACUGGGAAAGUUCCAAGGUCACGGAGUUUACUACUCCAUUGGGGGAAAGUAUGAGGGGCAGUUUGUUGAUGGACAGGCAAAGGGAAAGGGUCUGGUCACCCUCCCAGAUGGGUCCCAUGGCAACCCACGUCAGGAGGGUAUAUUUCAGGGAGAGAGGUGUACAGAGAGGCGGGAUGUGAAGGAAGACAUUCGUAGAGCAGUGCAGGCCGCUGCUCAGGCGCGUUCUCUGAUUGAGCAAUACAAUCUCUGACCAUUUUUACCGUGGUGUGUGUGUUGUGUCGUCAUGUUGAUUCAUUGAAAGGGAAAUGUCCAGGAUUUCUCUCUUGGCUUUUCUGUAUGGCC